AGUCAUGUGAGAGACGUAGCCUUGGGAAAGAGGACGUAUCAUUAUCUGCUGAGUGGCUUGAUAAUGGACGACCGAUGGGAGAGCGAAGUGAUCGAGUAUGGCGCCAUCAACAUCACGGGUUUUCGCAUCGUGGACGCUACUCGACCUCACGUCAAGGAUUUCUUGGCCAACUGGCAUCGCCAGGAUCCCGCCACGUCUCAAGGCGCCGGUCGUGAAUCCAUUUCCGCACAAGCAGCUUUGAUGUACGACGCUGUGUUCGUCCUGGUUGAAGCCUUCAACAAGCACUUAAGAAAGAGAAACGACAAAAAUAAUAUGAGACGAGUAACGUCGACCAGCAAUCAGACCAUAAACGGAACCAAACCUUUAGACUGCUAUCACAAUCGCGGUUGGGUCACUCCGUGGGAACACGGCGAUAAAAUCUCCAGACUUUUAAGAAAGGUCGAGAUCGAAGGAUUGACAGGAGAGAUACGGUUCAACGACGAUGGCCGACGACAGAAUUAUACGCUUCAUGUCGUCGAAAUGACUGUCAACAGCGCUAUGGUGAAAGUAGCUGAAUGGACCGAUGAGGCUGGUUUUCAACUAAUAGCUGCAAAAUACGUGCGACUUCGUCCGCACGAAAUCGAAAAGAAUAAAACCUACAUCGUUACUACGAUAUUGGAGGAGCCUUUCAUAAUGAAAAAAGUAUCAGACACAGGUGAAGUAUUAACGGGAAAUGACGGUUAUGAAGGAUACUGCAAGGACUUAGCUGAUCUCAUUGCGAAGAAAUUGGGCAUAUCAUACGAGCUGCGGAUCGUGAAGGACAGAAAACACGGCACGGAGAACCAGGACGUUCCAGGCGGUUGGGACGGCAUGGUCGGGGAGCUUAUCAGAAAGGAAGCUGACAUUGCAAUUGCUCCUCUGACCAUCACUUCCGAGCGUGAACGCGUAAUCGAUUUUAGUAAACCGUUUAUGUCUCUUGGCAUUAGUAUCAUGAUAAAAAAACCGAUCAAACAAAAACCCGGGGUCUUCAGCUUUCUGAAUCCGCUGAGCAAGGAGAUCUGGGUGUGCGUUAUUUUCUCUUACAUCGCAGUUUCUAUCGUCUUGUUCAUUGUAUCGAGGUUUUCGCCAUAUGAGUGGAGAGUUCUAACCAUAAGCGGCAGCACAGAUUCAGCUAUUAGUGGACGAAACGACUCCGGUUUGCAGCAUCCACACACGCCACAAGGUUCCCCUCAUAUGCCAACUUCCAGCAUGGCCAACGACUUCAGCAUCGUAAAUAGCCUCUGGUUCGCUCUGGCGGCGUUUAUGCAACAGAGCUGCGAUAUCUCACCCAGAUCCAUAUCUGGUCGCAUAGCCGGCAGCGUCUGGUGGUUCUUCACUUUGAUUUUAAUAUGCUCCUACACUGCAAAUCUCGCUGCAUUUUUAACCAUCGAGAGAAUGGUCACACCAAUUAACUCACCCGAGGAUUUAGCGGCGCAGACAGAGGUCCAAUAUGGCACCAUCCUUAAUGGUACCACUCUGGAUUUUUUUCGGAAAUCUCAAAUCAGUCUCUACAGCAAGAUGUGGGAAUUUAUGAACUCGCGGAGAGACGUAUUUGUACAAUCGUAUGAAGAAGGAAUAGAAAAAGUGAGAACAAGUAAGGGAAAAUAUGCGUUUUUAUUAGAAAGCCCGAUGAAUGACUAUAUCAAUGAGAGAGAGCCCUGCGACACGAUGAAGGUCGGAAGAAAUCUCGAUGCCAAAGGAUUUGGUAUCGCGACACCGCUAGGAUCCCCACUCAGGGAUCCCAUAAAUUUGGCGGUGCUCUCUCUGAAAGAGAAUGGAGAACUGGCAAAGUUAGUUGAACGAUGGUGGUACGAAAGAACAGAAUGUAGGCAUGGUGAUAAACCAGACCCUACCAGAAACGAGUUAUCCCUGAGCAAUGUAGCGGGAAUAUUUUAUAUCCUGAUCGGUGGCCUUCUUCUGGCACUCGCCGUAGCUCUCUUGGAAUUCUGCUACAAGUCGCAUACAGAGGCGACAAGAGCAAAGAUACCGCUCUCGGACGCAAUGAAGGCGAAAGCACGACUUACCAUCGGUGGUGGUCGCGAUUUCGACAAUGGACGGUGGUACGGACUGCAGAGUUAGACGGAGGAUGCAUGCGCCUUUCCCGGGACCAUAUUAUUACGCACCAGCAAACGCGAUUGGGAAUACCGAGAGCGAUCAAGUACACAACAACACACAUACCCAGGUAUAAACUG